AUGAAAUCAAAAUCAGGCCUGACGAGACUCCACAACUGCUACAUUCUUCGUAAUAGUAAAAUAAUAAAGGAAGACUUAUGGAUAAGGGAUGAUAGAAUUGAAGAUCCAGAAAAAGUAUUUUAUGAAGAACAGUUACAAGCUGACAUAACUGUAGACUGCGGAGGUCUUUUAAUAGCUCCUGGGUUCAUUGACAUACAAAUCAAUGGUGGCUGGGGAGUAGACUUCUCAUUUGAUUCAGAUAAUGUUGAAGAAGGAAUAAGAAAAGUAUCCAAGGAACUUCUUACCCAUGGUGUCACCUCAUUCUGCCCAACAAUGGUCACUUCAGAUGUGGAGAAGUAUCGUAAAAUUUUACCUCUGAUCAAACAGACUGAUGGGGGUCCUCAUGGGGCAACUGUUCUUGGUGUGCAUUUAGAGGGCCCAUUUAUUAAUUUGGCGAAAAAAGGGGCCCAUAUGGAGGAAUACAUCAGGAUACCUGAAAAGGGUAUACAAACACUUACAGAAGUUUAUGGUUCAUUAGAUAAUGUUGUCAUAGUAACGAUUGCCCCAGAACUCCCCGGCGCCACACAAGCUAUCAGAGAAUUGACUAAUCUUGGAAUCAAAGUAGCUUUAGGUCACUCCACUGCCAGCUUGGCCCAAGGAGAAGAAGCAGUUGAAUGUGGAGCUAAUUUAAUCACUCACCUUUUUAAUGCUAUGCUCCCGUUCCAUCAUCGCGACCCGGGGCUUGUUGGCCUAUUAGCAUCUUCAACAAAAAGGCAAGUUUUCUACGGCAUAAUAUCUGACGGUAUACAUACUCAUCCAGCUGCUCUGCGAAUCGCCAGCAGGACAAACCCUGACGGACUAGUGCUCGUAAGCGACGCUGUAGCUGCCCAAGGACUUGCAGAUGGCAACUAUCGUAUUGGUCCCCAACUGGUCACUGUUGAAGGUGUUCAUGCUUAUGUAACAGGCACUAAAACACUCUGUGGAAGCACUUCAGCACUCGACACUUGUGUUGCGAAAUUAAAACAGUCGUUAGAUUGUUCUAUGGAAUACGCACUAGAAGCUGCAUCUUUGCAUCCAGCUAAAGCUUUAAGCAUUGACCAUAGAAAAGGAAAAUUAAAUUAUGGAUAUGAUGCUGACUUUGUGAUUAUUAACCCCGAUACGUUAAAGAUAAAAUCUACAUGGAUCGCGGGUGAAUGUGUUUAUAAAUGUGAUCAAUUUUAG